AUGACACCAGCCUCAAGCAACCAUGAAUGCAAUUCAAUUACGCAACCACCUGCAAGUAAAAAAGACAUUUCAAUAAUUAAUAUCGAGAUACCAGACGUAUCGCAGGAAUCUGUAUCAUUUUUGGAAGAAAAUACAAAAAUUAAAGUUCCAAAUAUUUCAAAGAUAAAAACAGAUAAAAAUCUAAGAAAUAUUGAGGAAAUACAAAUACUUCCUGACAUGAUCAAUGAACCUUUUUCACGAAAGGAAAACAUUGAUCGUGCUAUUAAUUCCACAACAUGCAAACGUGAGAAAAUGAAACUAGGCGGUUCUGAUGAGAAAGCGAGUGCAGAUCGAGUUGAUGACACGUCCGCUAUCAUUGUCGAGACGAUCGCCAAAUUUCCAUCGAGGGGCGAUGCUUUGGGUAAAGUAAGAAGACCUACUGACACCGAUCUCACUCCCACUCCACUCCAAGAUGUACAGUCGAAUACAAGAAAGAUAGAGACACUUAAAGAAGAAAAAAAUGGAACCAAACUUGACGGAAAAGGUUCAGAUAAGUCGAAUUACUCGAGUUGUUCAGAUACGAAUACUUCUUUGGAUAGCGGAAUUGAAACGAAGCGGUCGCUGAGUGAAGAUGAUGUUCGGCCAAAUUUAGAUACUUUUGAAGACGCCGCCGAGGACGGUGUCCUGGCCUCGCAGACUUACGAGGUGACGCUGCAGAAGGAGGGUGGCUCCAUCGGCCUCUGCCUCGAGGUACUGCGCGCACCGCAUUUGGACAUGUUGCACGAAAUUACGCAUUUUCUUUACAAUUUUAGAGUUUGCACGAAAUUAUAG